CUCACGCAUAGAGUGCAUGACUCACUCCAAACAAAGACCGCGCGGUGAAACUUUUCCCAAAAAGGAAAACGCCGUUUGGGAUUUUUAGACACCUGAAGAUUAUUUUAAGGAGUUACUUAGAUUAUUUGUGCGGUAAUUAAAAGAUGGUUCAGUGUAUGCUCCAGUAAGAUGUGUGGCUCCGGAUCAUUCUCCGCGCGCUCGACAUGAAGAGAUUCAUCGGUGUGUCGCAGCUGUCCGCGUUCCUGCUCUACAUUCCUUUUCUUCAGGUUUCUACUAUUCUGGCCAAUUCCCACUCCAAAGUGAUGCUGUUCCCGGAGGCCUGGAGCCGCGGCCUGUGUCACUCCACGGAGCGGAUGGUGGAGGUGGAUCAGGAGUAUCCUGGAGGCGUUGAGCACAUAUACAGUCCCGGCUGUGUCCCAUUGCUGCGCUGCUCCGGCUGCUGCAAUGACGAGAAGCUGGCCUGCUUCCCCAUCCGCACGCGCAACCUCACCAUCCAGGCAAGAUCUCCCAGCAAGCAAUAG